UGAUCAUUUCCUGUUCACUGUGAGUGGCGAUACCAUAUGUGCCACAUAGGAACUGACGUUCGAUAAUGAAAAGCUUUUGUGCUGUUGUACCGUUCGAGAUAGGCUGUUAAAAGAGAACCAUUGAUGCCUGUACCUGUACACGACAGACAUGUCGUCGUUCGAAAGCCUUCAUCUCAUUGUACGCUCCUCGAAUGCGUCUUCUACACGAAGAGAUUCAUUAGCGUUGCUAUUUUUAUCUAUAAAAUCGCGUUCAAAGUCGAGGACCAUAGUGGUCGCGACUCGAUUCGAAAAACAUGUUUUCGAUAUGACGUAAGCAAGCCACGUUGCGAACCCACGUAAAUCGAAACUAGGGAUACGAUUUUCCUUGUAUCCGGCUGCACGAAAACGCGUCAGACGUAGAACAGCUACGUCGAGCUUCGAACGUUUCGGCGGUGGCGUAUACGCACCGGUCUCGAAAUAGCGCUGCUUAAUCCCCGCUACCCCGAGCGUCUUCUAUGACGCCUUUUCGGGUCGCGCUUAGUUACCACCUAUCGAGGGAGCUGGCAUAACCAGCAGUCGUAAGCAACGCGAUAAACCAACGACAUGUGCGCUAAUCAGCCGCGAAACGACCGCUCGACCUGCUGCGCCCAUGUACUCUACAUGGACGUUUCUGCUGGUGAUACCCGUACCCGUGGAUAAUCCACGCCGUCAUAUAAGCCAGGGAAUCAACGUAUGACCUGAAUCCGAAGACUGAUUCGAGUUGAAGUCGCCCCGCGCCGAAUUCGCCACACACUCCAAGAAGACUGACGUGUCUGUUACGCGAUAUCGUCGCCGCUUACCCGAGAUUCGCACCUGUGGAUGCAACGAGUCUCAACGAAAUUCAAGAAGCUCAAACAAAGAGGUUCCUAGCUGUCACGUACGACGAUCGUCUUCUCGGCGGUUUUUUAGAAUCACCGAGCACUUCCGUGAAGUUCCGAGAUGGAAGCUGACUAACAGAAAUAGAGCGAGACGUGCUGCACGUUGAAGAUUACUGCGAAGACGAGGUCUUGACUACGAGUUGACGUACAAGUUAUUUUAACCGAGUUCACUUUCCGAAUAGUCGUAAAUUUAAGGACGAAGGAAACGUGCAUUUAUUUAGACUCACAAACGAGGAUAGUAUUAUUUUCUAAUUGAUUUGCGAAGCGGUAGAAGAGGAUCGAAGGAGUGAACGCUGAGAUUCACGUAAAAGUAUCAACUGUUUCCAGGUAUACUUGGACCGACUGUACGCUGCUCCAAUUUUAUUGUGCUAAUUAUAUCUAGCUGAACUCUACGUACGAUUUGUCAUUUCAUGGAAAACUAAUUCGAUAUUUCAACUCUAUCUACGCAUUUUGAACGGCAAAGAUCGUAAAUUGAACUAUAUAUAUAUAAAUGUGAUAGUGCUAUAAUAAUGCCAUGUUAAACAUGUUGAAACACUUGUGAGAAUAGAAAUGAAUGCCUGUAUCCUAUGAAGAGCGAAGAACAUAAGAACGGUUUCGGUGUAAGUGCUGCUCUACAAUUUUGAUACGUAAUAUCGAGACGAUACAAGAGACUCCGAAAUUGCUUGAAUACAGUAAUACCGGUUCUGAAAAUAGACCACGGAGACGCAGUAUCACAGAAUCGCCGUUCUUCCACGAAGAACUAUGUAAUAUAUGUACGGAUUUGUGAAACACUAUCUGAAAAUACUCUCACUCGUUUCGAGACCGUUUAAUCAAUUUUUAUAACAAUUGCGCAACGGAUGCUUCGUGAAACAGACCGUUAAACGAUUUGCUAGAAUUCGGCUACGAACGGGCAGCCACGUAGUGUUCCAUUUCUGGCGAAAACGAGCGAUCGUUCGAAUCGAUGUGCCACGGAACGACGCCAUUAAAAGAACGUCGGAUUUUCUUCGCAACGGAGGAGAUAAGCGGUCGCUGCACUGAUGCGUCCUUGCAGAGGAGGAACCGAUUGAACCCUCGCGGCGACGAUGUACUGCGGUGGAUAACGGCGUGGAGAAGAUUAAAGAAAAAGGCGACGGUAUGUACGGGCGGCCAGGAAGCAGCAGUAAUAAUUCGGAUAACACGCAACCACCGCCGCCGUGGCUGGUGCGUGCAGAAGUCACGAUUCGCCACGGUACACCGACGACCACGGAAUCCGGUCAAGUACCGGUAGGUGUGUCCUCGACUGUCACGGAUUCGAGCGGUGUUCGCAUGAUAUACCGAUGGAACACCACCCAAUCAUCACCGUCGCCAACGGUUCCGGUAGUCACCACUUCCGGUCCGUCUUCGUCCUCCAGCUCGUUCGGUUUUCAACGUGGAAAUAUACUGUUCACGUCGACACCGCCUCCUAGAACGACAUCAGGUUCUUACACGAUACCAAGGUCGUCGGGAUCAUCUGCGAACGAUGAAUCUGUGUCGUCUAGAGGACGAGGCAUGAACAUUUCCGAUUCGGGUUACAACAGCGAGCAGUUCUCAUACUCAAGUUUACCAUCCCGUCGUCCAUCUCAACAAUACAAUCGCCGAUGCAGAAGCACAUGCAGUAUAGUUUUAUCUGCUGUGGAUACUACGGACAGUUCAAAGAAAGAAACUUCCAGUAGAAUAGCGAGCAGCGAGAACGUUAAACAUACGUACGACAAUUCUUGGCGUCAUCACUCGUCGCAUCAACACGUUUUUUCGCGUCACCAGUUCAGCACAGUGCCGGAAGUUUGCGAAGAGGAGGGCAGUGCGUCGAGUACGCAUUUCUCCAGCCGUACCGAGGACAAAGUCACAUCCAAAUCGACCACCAUCAGCAAAGAUGCGUCUUCACAAACGACGGACAUAGAGUCCCGAGAAUCCACGUCGACGGUCGUCAGCAAGAGCAAAGUGAGAAAAAAAACGGGCACCGGUCUCCAACCCUCGUACGAGCUGAAGAAGAAGAAGCAAGAUAAUCGAACGCCAUCGACAACUUCUGAGAUCGCGAGUGCCGCUCCUUUGACACAGGACACGGAAAAAUCUGAUUCUUCGGGGAAAGAUGACAGCGCGAAGCGCAAAUCGCGAACCGUGCACAUCGACGUGUAUUGCACCGGGUCCGACGACGAUGAAAACUCCGACACAUCGAGCGAGAACGAAUGCGACACUCCUAUGACGGUGUUCGAGAACCCGGACCUGAGGGUCACGCAUACGCAAGUGUUGGGCGAUGUACUUCCUAGGGGAUUUCAAGAUGACAAAGCGUUCUUGAAACGGGCUACGGAACGGCGAUGCGACAGCUUCAAGAACGCGCCGAUGAGGAUGCCUUCCAUAGCUAGCUCGAAGGGAUACGACAGCGAUGACGUGUUCAGUUCGCUUUAUCCUUCGCAGUACAGCUCGUACACCGCGCUUCGAGAUCUUGAUUCGGCGCCUUGGUCUGCCGCAUCAUCUAACACGGGUAUUCCGUUCGAUUACGACUCUACUAUUGCGACCUCGUCCAAGGAUACCCUAUCGGACAUAGAAUCUUUGAUAAACAGCAAACUCGCUUUGACUCCCUGUGACAGCUUCGAGUAUGCUAGUAGUACCGAUCGAGAGAGGGUACGAAAACUGGAAGAGAUGUCAAAGGCCAAGAGCGGGGAAAGGCAAUGGCGUUCUGCGGAAAUUGAACGCAAACGUAUGUUCCGAGAACAGAAGAUGAAGCAGAAGACCGAAGAGAAGUCCGAAGCAGUGGGAUGGUCGUCAGCCGACAGCGGCGACGAUACCGACGGAAGUAGUACAGUCGGGUGGAGUUUCAUAUCUAGUGAUGAGACUCAACGAAUGGUUAAGAAAACUGAGAGUGUUCGACGAACAAGUAAAACCACCACCGAGUAUCCGGAAACGAUCACAAGUAUGGCAGAGCAAGAGCUCUUAAAGCAAAAGAAUUCACAGAAUCAUUCUGAUUCCACAACGCAUAGCGACACUAUUCCGCAACCAUAUGCUUCUCGCGAGCAAACCGGGUUUUUCGGUUCCAAGAGCCCUUCCCCUCUUCCGUCGAAAGUACCCUCGCGAGUCACUUCACCCUUUAUGACUCCUCAGGGUGAAAGAACCGAUCAUAUCCUAAAGGCUUCGAUAUUCGGCAAGGUGGUGAACGCGUUUCGAAAGCCAGGUCAUCAUAUAGGACCCUCUAAGAAUCCCUCGUGUUCCUGUGAGCACUGUCGAAGCCAUUUCGAAAAAGAAAGCUUGCGGGAUCGUUCUAGUUCCAUAAGCGAAUUCGAACGCUAUACAGGCUUUCGUUUACUGAAUAGAAAUAAGAUAGCUCGUCCCAUCCCAAAAUAAAAAUGACAGUUCUCGAGACUUGAUAUUAUCUUAAUGCGUUACUCAAAUAUUAUAGUUAUACUUUCCCUAUUUCUUCGUGAAAUCGUAUCGAAUGUAUAAUAUUAUAAGGUUGUGUUUUCUUAUGUAUAAUGCGUGUGUUUAAGUUAUUUAUUGAUGAAAACAUACUGUAUUCCAUACUCGUAAUUCUUUUUUUUAUUCAUAAUUGACAAUUGUUGUGAUCUGCGAAAACAUUCUGCUAAGUAUCGAGCAUUUAUGUAAAGCAAUCGAUAGAUACAAUUAUUUAUGCUCUUAAUGCUGUUAAUAAAUAUUAAUUAUAUUA